ACAGAGGAAUGGCGCGAUGAGCUGAACUGCGUUCCCAUGGCCAAGAAGUUCCCCCACCUCGCUGCUAUCUGCUUCGACUGGCAGUGGUGGGAUGCGCCGGUGGAGGGCGCGUGGAAGGACGGUCUCGACUUCAAGACGUUCGCAACCAGCUGGCGCAACCGCAAGCCCAAGUGGUGGGGAAAGAGGUGGUCUGCCGUGGACCAGGAGGCUGCCAUGAGGCCGUUUGCGGACAUCUGGCUCAGCAAUGACCGGCUCAAUGGUAGAUGUCUACGUAGUUACCGUAACUCAUCUGACGAGCCGCGUACCUAUACAGCUGAAACGCCGGUCCAAGACCACGAAGAUGAGGACGAUCCGCGCACCGAAGGAUACGAGGUGAACGAGGCGCGCGUGAGCAGUGAGGACUGCAGGAAGGCGUUGCGGCAGGCGGAGAUAUACCUCGCCUGGAAGGCGAAGGGCCGUGCGCCCGCAGCGAUGGCCCACCCAGUCCCUCUACGCUCGUGGGCUCGUCCCCCCAAUGUUCCGGCAUCGUCACAGGAUACGGUGCACUACGGCAGUGACCGAUGCCAGCGCUGCAUCGAGCACGGCAUGGAGGAAUGCCGUGUUCCGGCGAUUGCAAAUGACCCGCGCUGUGUGACUUGUCGUGCGCGCAAGAAGGGUUGCCCCUUCGGAUCUCGCGUUGCACCCAGUGGCUCGCGCGGCACCCCAAGUGUAACGGCAGUGCGCGCACCCUCCACCCGUGCGCGCACUCGCACUCUGACCAAUGAUGGAGGCCCAAGGGCAGGUAUGAAGCGCCGCCGCGGUGAAUAA